CACACGCUCGCGCGCGCGCAGGAGUGAGUCUCGCGCAGAGAGAGUUUCAGCAGCGAACAGAAAGUGAACAGGGGGGCAUUUCACUCACACACACACACGCACACACACAGCACUCGGACAGUGCCUGGAUUAAACCUCUCCCGGAGCUUUGAGCGAUGCGCUGGCAGAAUGGCCCGAUGGUUCAAGGAACACCUGGGAUUCAAAACCACCAAAGCCCCGCCGCCCGCGCCUCCGAAGCCGGACUAUCGACACUUCCACCCGGGCAUCUCCAGCGCUGCUCCCGCGCUCCUGCUCCAGGGCUCGGCGCUCAUGCCCGCUCAACCCGACAUACUCACCGCAUACAAACUCCAGAAGGAGCUGGACUUCGAGGACCCGUACACCCCGGCCGGGAACAUGAGCAUGCCCUUCUCCUCCACGGGACUGAGCUCCACGGGCUCGCCGGACGUGAAGUUCGUGUCUCCGAAGCGGCUCAUCAAGGUGGAGGCGGCCGAGCGGAGCGGCUCGAGCCCGGGCAGCAGCAGCGCGGUGGACCGCGGUCAAAUCCCCGGUUCUCCACCCGCGGAGACCGAGAACAGUAAACCGGAGAAGCUCAUCAUCCUCGAGGACUAUGCCGACCCGUUUGACGCAGCGGAUCAGGCCGGCGGAUCCCAGACGGUCUCCGAGAAGCCAGCGGAGAACGACGGGUACAUGGAGCCGUACGAAGCCCAGAAGAUGAUGGCUGCUGCUCGUGCUUCUGUUCAGAUGAAAUACAUGUUUCUGUGUCAGCCAUUAUCCCUGCAUGCCCGAGUAGUGCUCAAGGAGAUCAUCUCUGUGUGA